AUGGAUUCCCACGCCAAACACUCUUACCGAUCCAUCAUCUUCAGCUCCAUCGUCCUCUUUGUGGCUUUUUUUGCUGCCACACGGUGGUAUACACCCACCAACUCACAAUCUCCAGUGGCGGUGAAGACAAAUGCCGUCCUCAUCAACCCCUUGACGGCAGAUUUGCGUGAGUUGCGGGGCGCACUGGACAAUGGAACCUUGCAAAGCGUUGACCUGGUACGGUUGUACACCGACCAGAUCCAGAAACAUGACAGCUAUCUGAAGGCCAUGAUCAGAUUCAAACCGUUGCAGAGUGUCAUCAAAACUGCGGAGAAGCUCGACAAGGAACGGUCAGAAGGGAAAGUCCGAGGGCCUCUGCAUGGCAUCCCCAUUGUCAUCAAGGACAACAUUGAUACUCACCCUGACCUUGGUUUCCAGACCACUGCCGGGAGUUACGCGCUCGUGGACUCUUGGCCACGGAAAAAUGCCAAGAUAGUCGACCUGCUGAUUGCUGCCGGGGUGAUCAUCCUCGGCAAGACGAACCUGAGUGAACUGUCAAACUACAAAGGGGAAAAUAUAACAAGUGGUUACUCUGCGGUCGGCGGCCAAGUCCAGUCUGCGUACACACGCGGCAAUGUUGACCCAGACGACGGCUCAGACGGCCACAGCAACCCUUCUGGAUCGUCUUCUGGCUCAGCCGUUGCAGUCUCGGCAGGCUACAGUCCUUUCUCUAUCGGCACCGAGACCGACGGCUCGCUCAUCGUGCCGGCAGGCAGAGCUGCCCUGUACACCAUCAAGCCAACCAUUGGCCUCGUCCCGCAAGCUGGGAUUGUCCCUAUUUCGGCCACUUUCGACUCGGCCGGUCCCAUGGCCAAGACGCCCUAUGAUAUGGCGGUACUCCUCGAUAUGAUCAUCGACCCAGAGCAGAGGCCUGAACAGAGCUACACGUCUGUAUUGACGGGAAGCUGGAGUGACAUCUCUGUUGCAACGCUGGAUCCCGAAGUUUGGAACUUGUCGAGCAACUGGAUGCGGCCAGUCGAAAGUGCCACGCAGCAAAUGAACCGAGAGAUCCGUCAAGCAUAUGCCAAAAUCGAGGUAUUGGCCAAAUCGUACGCUGGCAACGUGCCUUUAAUUCGCCACGACGCCUUGAUCCUGAACGGCAAAAACAGCGAGCAUGUGGUUGCAGCUGCCGACUUUGUCCGAGAUAUCAAUGCCUACCUCGCAACUCGAGUCAACUCCACGGUCCGAAAUCUCCAAGAGCUGAUAGACUUCAACGAACGACACGCCGAGCUGGAACUUCCUCCCUAUUCCCCGAACCAAGACCGGCUCAGACGAGCGUACCAGCAAUCACUCACCGCAGACGAAUACAACGAGCACUUUGAACACCUCCGACAUGUGGCCCGAGACCAGGGGAUCGAUUUCGUUCUCGACACGUAUGGAGUCGAUGUGAUCAUGGCACCAGCGGACAGCCUGUUAAUUUCCUACGCGGCCUGCAGCGGGUACCCAAUCGCUACAUUGCCACUAUCAUAUCUCGACUACAAUGGCCGACCCUUUGGGCUUUCGGUAAUUGCGCGUGCGAAUCAGGAAGCCCUGUUGAUCAAAGUCCAGAGCGCCUGGGAGGCGACAUUCGGCCCCCGGAAACCGCCUGCAGGCAUGAAUGGCACAUGA